CUGAUUCACCCAUAUGUAUGCUUACUGUUUUGGUCGCUUUUACUCCCAUAUAGCAAAAAAAUGGAAGAUUAUUAUGAUUACUCGCAACAUAAAUCUUGUAUCAGCUUCACUUUCGACUUUAGCGACAUCAUGUCAAAGUACAUCACCAUUGAUGACCAUGUUCAAUCUUGGGUGGACUUAAGUGGAAUAAAAACAGAACUUCCAUCAAUUUUGUAUGAUACAACCAACGAGACUGUCAUAGCCAGAGGCAUUUCGGCUGAAUACGCCAGGUCAAAAUCCAAAACCCAUGGGAAAAAUUUCUUUUAUUUGCGCAACAUUUUUAGCGAGCUCAAUAACAUUUAUUCGAGACUACAGCAAAAUUCUUCCAAGGCAUAUGACAAGAUUUGUUUAGAAGAGGCGAUAGCUGUUUUACAUCAACGGGUUGAAUAUUGGAAAGAACUAUUGGACAGCUCAAAUAUAGACUUUUACUACGCAUUUACUCUACCCACACAAUGGGACCCUGAAAUAAGGGAGGGAUUAAUUAGACCUCUUUUUAUAAAAGCAAACCUCAUUCAUGAGAGUGAUGGUCAAGGCAGAUUAAUUUUUUUCACAGAGUUACAAUCUACUUUCCGGUAUAUGCAGUUGGGGUCUUUUUCCGAUAAAAAUAUAGAAGCACAGUCUGGAAAGCAAUAUAUCAUAUGUUCAUUGGAUUUGCAAACCGAAAUAUUUGUAGAUCUAGAGUUAGUCUCAGCCCAAUAUCCUCCUGCUUUAAAAGCAAUAGAUAGUAACUAUGUUCCACAGUUAUUGAAUCACACUCGUUUUACGAUACCCUUUGGCCCCAACGAAAUUAGAUUGCUACUAACGUCAUGUCUAAAAAAAUAUUGUAAAACUAUACAAGCUUUAGAGAUUAUUGACAAAAUGUUUGGACAAAAUUAUUUGCAACAAUUUGUGGCCUCAAAUAGUUUGCCUUUACAUGAUCCCUUACCGCUUUAUCCAUUUCGUAAUAAUGGAGCUUUUAAUACAGAACAAUCCGAAUUAAAGAAAUCUGAAAUCGAUGCAAUACAAGCAAUAACUAGAGAGGAAGUUUUGGAAAACUUUUUUAAUUCUGCCAGAAAAACAUUUAUCGAUCAUAUGCAUGUUUUACUCCAGUGUACAAGCAAUGUAAAGACCAGGUCUAUGAUAAUAUUUCAUUCGGAUCAAAUAGCACACAAUUUUAUCACAAUCGAUCUGUUAAAACGGAUAGAAAAUUGGUCAAAAACUUACGGUGAAGAAGAGAAGAAGAGUUUUUUCAAAUUAAUCAGAAACGGUGAAAAAUUAAGCUUCAAUCUAGACAUAGACCAUACACAAGCUGGAAUGGCUAGUCUUUUGAAAACACAAAUGCAAGACUUUAACAUGUCCCGGGAUCCAAUUAUAUUGCCACUUAUGGAUGCGAAAACAGAGCAAUUUCAAAGCUCCUUGAAGCCGAUUUAUUUUAUUACCAUAGCCAUACUGCCUACAAAUAUCAAUGUUAAUGUCACAUACCUAGAUGAAAAUGCUAAAUUUAAACAGACAGAAAAUAUUAAAUGUAAUAUACAGCCAUUGGAUAGCUUCAUCAUAAAAUCUGAAUUGUAUCAACGACCAGUACUUUAUACGAAUAACAGACUGAAGCUGCACCUAAGGAAAGUCUUUGGCAGCUAUCUUAAUAUGUACUCGAAGCCCAUCCGACAAACUAGGACGAAGAGCCCACUAAAAAGUCUUGGUUUAAAACUUUUCACUCAGUGUUUAAGAAAAGUUAAAAUGAAAAGUGCGUUUGUCAAUCGUUGUAGGAUAAAAACAAGUCAAAAUUGUUCAAAGGAUAUUAGAAAUUUGUUUGUUUACCCAAAACCGAAGCUACUUGAACGAUUAACUAAAAAUGUAAAAAUGGAUGGCUUUUUUACGUUGAGUGAUACACGUGAUAGUACUGACAGUUUAGCAAAUACCUGUAAUCCUGGCUAUAUGUUCUUUUUUUUGUUAACAUAUCUGCACAAUCUCAACAACUUAUUAGAGGGAAAACUACAAUGUCUUUUUGGAAAUGAUUGGCAGAAAAAAAAUAUGUGGUAUGGUGUCUCUGUUGACAAGAAUCUGUUAGAUACUGUAUUCGGGUCAAAGAAAAACCUGGAGAAAUUAUUUUUUGCAAGUGGUAUACUCCGUAAGGACGACAAGUUUCGAAAAGCAAAGUUCUGUACUCAUGGUGAAGAGAUUCUGCCUGCAAUUCAGCAAAAUUUCGUAGACUUAGAAUUUAAGAUAAAAUCAUACUUCGUAGUUGUACAAGUAUUUUCAAAGCAUGUUCAACUCACUUUGCACCAGGUUGUCAAACUGGCAACAUCCGGGAGAAGUGUUUCUACUAUCAUUAUACAGGAUAAGAUAAUAUGUAUCGAUGACGCAUGUGACACACUAUGUAAAGAAAUUUGGAAGAGUAUGCAAUUCAAACGCCAGAUUACUUGUUGCACGCCACACAGGGACAAUGACUAUUUAAAAAACAGCUUUGGAUCUUUGAAAACCUAUAAAAGUAUUCUUCAAAACUUGAAUAUAAGCAUAGCUGAACUUCUGGAGAGAAAUAGAACACAUUUUGAUAUGAACUCUGAAAUAAAGCUUAGGAUCAACGACGAAUGUGUUUGUACUGUCAGUAUAUCUCUUCGAAACAUAAUUGAACUGGGAAUGAAACCAAUCAUUUUAAAUAUCGCAAGCAUCGCAGCUUCUUCAUUGACCAACAAAGAGUUAUUUGGAAACUACGAGACAGAUUAUCUUUUUAUUCUAGGAGAUCCAUUUAAUCUAUGUAACGGCUCAUCAUUUCACACGGCAUACACCAUAAUCAUGCAACAAGCAAUCGAUGAUAAUCUCCAUUUUAAAUUAAGGGACAUACGGUCAUUCGUAAUAAGGGAAUCAACCUCAAAAUUAUUGGAACAAGUUACCCGCAUCAUUCCCUGCAUUUAUGACAAGUUUAUCAAUGGAACCUUGUCUCAAGUAUCGAGCGAAACAUAUGCCGUGCGGUUUCCAUCCAUUUAUACAGGGGAGUAUUUUUCUUUCUGUCGUAUAAACCACAGUGACGAUACCAAAAACAAUGUUAAAAAAGAUGGCGGAUAUUUGAUUUUUAUUCAAAAGGGGAAACCAAUCCCAACGGCAAGAUUCAUGAUCAAAAUGGUUGUAGACUCUGUAGAUCGACCAUGGGCUGAAAUUAUAAAAGUAAAACAUUUGAACAGUGUUUCGGGAAAGUAUUCUCUUUUAGAUAAAGACUCCAAAGGUCCAAAGUAUCGAAUGCGUCCCAAAGGUCAAAAACGGUCAGCUCAAAAAUUGAUAAUAGAAUGUAGACACAUCAAUUACAAUUAUUCACUCGAAUUAUCAAUCAGAAUGAUGGGCCGUGAUGUCAACUACAAUCAGACGUCAUAUAAGGAAUAUAUAGCUCUCGGAGAGCCGUUGACACUCGCCUAUAUUUAAACAAUAAUAAUAUCAUUAAAGCAAACGUUUGCCAAGUAAUCGCUUUGUAUAUUUAUGACCAGUUUAAAUACUUCACAUCGAUACUACAAACAAUUGUGGUAAGCCAUUGUAUUUUUGUUUCGGUCCCAAAGAGUAAAACUUAAGUCCCAUUGAGCUUUAUGAUAAAUGCACUAACUUUGGGACGAAUAAGAUAUCAG